AUGAUACUCCUCACUUACACAACACUUUGGUUUAAUCUCGUGCUCAGCUUUCUCAUCGCCGCACAAGCUGACGCGACGCAUUUGCCUAUUGUUGAUCUUGGAUAUGAACUCCAUCAACCCAUUUCCUACGAGAAACAUACUGGAUUAUACAACUUCUCUAACAUCCGCUAUGCCGCUGCACCAGUGGGAGAUCUCCGCUUCGCCUCUCCUGUCCAGCCCGAAGUCAACAGAACAUUGGUUCAGAUAGGCUCCGAAGUUCGGAUUUGUCCGCAGGCCCUCCCAUCAUGGAUGCCACAGUCAAUGUCGGCUGCCGGUAGCUACUUCUUCAAUGGCAGUGUUACCAGCACGGAAUCCGUUCUGAUGGAUCCACGUGCGAGUGAAGAUUGUCUUUUUCUCGACGUUGUCGUGCCCAAGAAAAUCUUCAAGUCCUCUGGCAGAAAGGGAAAGGGAGCACCCGUCUUGGUUUGGAUCCAUGGAGGGGGAUACGCCGUUGGCUCUAAGUCUGGUGAGGGGAGCGGUUCUCCCGUGGGCCUGCUUCGUCGUGGAGAUAAUGAGUUCGUCUAUGUGGCGAUUAACUACCGCCUCGGCGCCUUUGGCUGGCUCAGUGGUUCGGCUGUUCAGCGAAACGGCACAGCAAAUGCCGGUUUGUUAGACCAGCGUCUUGCCUUGGAAUGGGUUCAACAGUAUAUCCACCUCUUUGGGGGUGACUCCGAGCGUGUAACUGUCAUGGGCGAGUCAGCAGGAGGUGGCUCUAUCCUGCAUCAAAUAACGGCAUACGGUGGUAGUAAUGGGCCUGUUCCCUUUCAACAAGCUAUAUUGCAGUCGCCUGCAUUUACACCCGAUCAAAUUCUCAAUCCCUGUCGGCAGGAACAGAUCUUCCACGAAUUCCUUCAAUUCGCCAACGUCAGCACCCUAGAGGAGGCCCGACGCCUGCCCUCGUCUAUCCUUAUCGAGGCGAACCGCCAACAGAUCUACGGUUCUUCUCUCGGAAGCUUUACUUAUGGGCCCGUAGUGGACGGUACAUUUGUUCCAGAACCCCCAUUCCGCCUUCUCCGCGAAAGAAAAUUGGACGCUACUGUUACUCCGAUGUUAGCUUAUAAUGGCAACGACGGAAUCAUCUUCUCCGACUUCUCUCUUAGAAAUGAGAGUGGCUAUCAAGCCUACAUAUCCGGCUUGCUUGACCUUCAGCCUAACGACACUGCUUACGUCUCUACCCAGAUGUAUCCGCCGGUUUUCAAUGGCUCGCGCAGAUAUACGGAUGAAAUAAGUCGCGCGGGCGCUACCUUUCAGGAAGCAGUCAUCCAGUGCAACGAGAUUAUGCUUGCCGGGGCUUUGGGAAAUGCCACCUAUAACUACGUUUUUGACGUUUUCCCGGGCCUCCACGCGCAGGACGUUUCAGCAACAUUUGAUGUGAACUUGGACCCGACACCGGGAGUAUUUGACCCGAUGAUUGCCUUGCAGCAGCUUAUCACCAGUUUUACACUUACGGGAAAACCGGCUACGGACCAUAUCCGCCAUGUGCCCAUUUAUGGACCCGAAAGUACAUUGUUGGUCCUGAACGCAACCGGUAUCAGCACAGGCAGGGAAGAUCCUCGCGUGGCGGAAAGAUGUGAGGAGUGGUAUAACCUUCUGGUGGCGGCAUAAAACAUGUUGAUGGACAUAGGCUCCUUGUGCUCUGUUCGUCAUUGAUUCUUUUCAUUGUGACGUGGCAGGCACAUUGCGGUGUGCUAUUUUGCGGUCUUACCGAUGUAAAUUAGAUCAGAAAACUUGCG